CCUUGCCUUUCGCUGUGUAUUCUACACAAGUGAAAGAUAUAACAGAUAAAAAUCUGUUUUUUGCUUGUUCUGUACACGAUUUAUCAUUUUUUUGUGUAAGUGAUAGCUUGUUGCCAGUGUAAAAUGAAAUAUUUUGCAGUUUAUAUUCCGGAUAAAACUCCCGAGUCAACGGUGGCAGAGUAUUAUAUGCAAAAGACGGAGGCUCUUGCUAUUUUAAAGGAAUGCAAGAACGCAAGGCUGAAAGAAUUUAGUCGACCAGAAGAUGCCAUUGAUUUUCAUCACUUCGGCGAUACAACGCUAAAUGAAACGGCAUCCAACGAACCAACAGUAAUAGUCGCACGUUUGCCAAAAUCGGCAUUCACUGCUCCGAGCAGCCAAAAGCUUGUUGAAUUCAGAAAGCAUAUAGAGCAGAACAAUUUGCAGAUAGUGGAAGCACUCAUUACUUCAAAUCCGCGCUUCUUGAUCAGCUCCGGCGAUAUGCCUACGGUACUGAAGGAAGGGCCACGGUACAACGCCCUGCACGUCGCAGCUAUAUCCGGGCACGCCAACAUGUGUCGCUUGAUCUUGGAAACCAUCAAGGAGAGCGCCUACAUCGAACUGCUACACGGACAGCGGACACCUUCGACGGAUGAAGUAGCCGGAAUUAUAUUAGACAUGUACCUGAAUACCCCGGACAAGAGUCGCGGAGAAACGCCACUCCAUUUUGCCGCUAAGUACGGUUCGGUCUCGGUGGUAAAGCAGCUUAUGUCCUAUACUCAAUGUAAGUCCAGUAAGAAUAAGGACGGGGCGCUGCCAAUCGACAUUAUUUGCAGCCGAGCAAACUCGGCCAAUAAUACGCCGGAAGUAGCGGCAGCCAUCAGAAACCUGCUGAUGGAGCGCUACUUUGUGCCGGUUUUGCGCAGCGUCGAUGAAUGCGUGAUGCCGAUCGUCGGCGAACCGUUCAGUAGUGCCGAAGAGCCAACACUCGCCACCACCAACCAAAGUCCACAACCGAUUGGCACUUGCUCUCCAGUCCAUGUAGAAUAUAAGGUAAUGGCAUACGCGGGACCGAUGGAACUGCUUCCGGCAAAACAAUUCGCUUUGCGCUGGCGCACACCACCCCGCUUGCUUCUGUCACCACUGAAUCGUUCGCGACUAUGGUCCCCUUUUAGUUGUUCUCCGCUGCGCACUUCUACACCCCAGAGAACCGCGAAGGCCCCCCGUCGAUUAGACUUCCAAAGUUCUUCCGUAUUCGAUCAAUCGCUCGAAGAUUAUAACAGCUAUAAUAGUUCGCAAAGCAUGCUAGAUACAACAUCCCUGCCAGACUGUUGGGAGAACAGCCAUCUCGAGUCUACAUCUUACCAAGAGCGGACUAUCCGCAUAAAAAACCAUCGCAAAGGAUUGGAAACGAUAGGGCGCACGUUAGCGUCCCAAAACGGUGUCGAAUGGAACGAGUACUGGGACUUUCUAGGCGAUUUUGCCAACUUAGCGACCGCAGAUGGGUUAAAAAAAUUUGAAUCAAUACUGGCAGAACGCCAGAAACCACCCUCUGCUGUAGAUGAGCUACAGGCAUCGAUGGCCACCUUCACGCUUGAAGAGACAAAUCUCCCAGUUCAUGGCAAUAAAUUAACAAAUUCAUACGCAUGCCUGGUGAAAACACUGCAGGUAUUUGUUAAUCGAUUUGCCAACAUUUAUAUUGUAGAAUACUCUCCAGCAUCCAAGACCAACACGCUACCGGUGGCCAUGGUCAAACUGAUUAACACGAUGGACCUGACGAUCAAUAGUUACCGUAAAGAUAAAAUGUUUGUUGGGGUAAAUUUUUUAAAACCUCAUUCUGUCUUCGCGUACUUAUUGGUGAAUCACAUCAUCAAGAUAAAACGACAAGACCUGCUUGCCAGACUGAAGGAGAAUGCUGCUUUGUCCUGUAAGACAAGAAAUUUAACUUGUAUAAUGCGGUUUAUAAGAGCUUACUCGACUGAUUUAAAAACAUUAAAGUUCCCUGCAGAGGAUUUAACAGAGACUAGCUGCCGCGAUCUCUGGGAGCAUGAGGAGCGAAUUUCAGAAUGCGUUUGCCAACAGAAUAACGACAAGGCCAGUAAUGAUACGAUGGAGAGGAUGAAUCGGCGGCGCAAGCAGCGUUCGACCAUGGCUCGUACGUUUAAUCAUAAUAAUAGUAGUGAUUCCGAAUAUUGGUCAUGCACGGAUGGAGAAAGUUCCAGUAGUGAAUACUGCACUCCACCGUCCACCCCGCCAGGGGAAGUGAAUGCGCUGUUUAUAGGUGGGACCAUGCCAGACAAGAACGACACGGAUGCGUGGGUAGUGUUGGCCGCCGUUGAAAUAGACAAAGAGCGCUAUCCACACGUACACAACUGGCAUCGGGCCAUGAAAAGUUUGAACUCAAAUGAAUCAUUCUAAAUGUGUCAAUUCAUUGUUGUGCGAAUUUUCGUACAUUGGUUUAUGUAAAUACUUAACUUUGCCUCUCGAUUCUCUGUAAUUUUCUAGUGUUUCAAACAACAAAGAGCGGAAUAAACGUUGUUAUCCUUUGUUUU